AUGGCCAGCCCGGAGCCCCGGCGCGGCGGGGACGGCGCCGCCCAGGCCGCGAGGGAAACACGAGCAGAGGCCGAUUCUCUCCUUCAGCAGAACCCUGAGUCCAUGAAUGAGGCAGGGACCGUCAACCCUGAAGUUACUCUAUCUUUUGAAGGAAACUUGAACUUGGAGGACAUUCUCUAUCUGGGGGACACAGAUGACCUAGAUGAGACAUGGUAUGUGGAAGAGACUGAGAAGCCUGGGGAUACACUGUUUAUUGAGGAGACCAGGCCGCCAGAGGAGGCUCUGUACGUGGAAGAACCCGUGAAGCCAGAGGAGACACCAUUUGUGGAGGAGACUGUGAAGCCAGAGGAGAUCGAGUUUGUGGAGAAGACACAGCAUCGGGAGGAGACCGUGAUGCCAGAGGAGACACAGUGUGUGGAGAAGACACGGCAUGGGGAGGAGACCGUGAAGCCAGAGGAGACACUGUGUGUGGAGGAGACACAGGGUGUGGAGGAGGCUGGGAAGCUGAAGGAGACACUGUGUGUGGAAGAGACACAGCAUGGGGAGAAGACUGUGAAGUGCGAGGAGAUGGAGUCUGUAGAGGAGACUGUGAAGCCAGAGGAGACAGAGAAUGCAGAGGAGACCGUGAAGCAGGAGACACAGGGUGGGGAGACCGUGAAGCCAGAGGAGACACAGCAUGGGGAGAAGACUGUGAAGCCAGAGGAGACACAGCAUGGGGAGGAGACCAUGAAGCCAGGGGAGACAGAGAACACAGAGGAGACAGUGAAGCCAGAGGAGACACUGUGUGUGGAGGAGACACAGCAUGGGGAGGAGACUGUGAAGCCAGAGAAGCAGUGUGUGGAAGAACCUGUGAAGCCAGAAGAGACCACAAGCCCAGAGAAGAUUGUUUAUGGGGGAGAGACGGCCACGAGCAUGGAGGAAACUACCCCUGAGGAGAACCUCAGAACGGGGCCUAGCCCCAGCACUGAGGAGAGCCUGAGCAUAGAGGACCUAGAGUUGCUCGAGGGUCGUUUUCAGGAGUGUAUCCAAGCUGUGUCCCAGCUGGAAGAGGAGCGGGAUCACCUCGUCCACGAGCUGGUGUUGCUCCGGGAACCAGCCCUACAGGAGGUGCAGCAAGUCCAUCAGGACAUCCUGACUGCCUACAAACUGCAGGCCCAAGCAGAGCUAGAGAGGGAUGGAUUAAGGGAGGAGAUCCGGCUGGUCAAGCAGAAGCUGUUCAAAGUGACAAAGGAAUGUGUGGCUUAUCAAUACCAGCUGGAGUGCCGCCAGCAGGAUGUGGCCCAGUUUGCCGAUUUCCGGGAAGUGCUGACUACUCGAGCGGCCCAGUUGUCAGAGGAACUGGCCCAGCUCAAGGACACCUACCUGAAACAGAAAGAGCAGUUACAGCAACAACUAGAGACACCUCCCAGUCAGAGCAAUGGGCACUUGCUCCAGGAGAGCCGACGGCUCUCUGCCCAGUUUGAGAACCUCAUGGCAGAGAACCGUCAGGGCCUGGAGGAAGAGUAUGAACCUCAGCUGGUACGGCUCCUAGAGAGGAAAGAAGCUGCAGCCAAAGCGCUACAGAAAACCCAGGCUGAGAUCCAGGAGAUGAAGGAGGCUCUAAGACCACUGCAGGCAGAGGCCCAGCAGCUCCACUUGCAAAACAGAAACCUGGAGGACCAGAUCACGCUUGUGAGGCAAAAACGUGAUGAGGAGGUGCAGCAGUACAGGGAACAGCUGGAAGAAAUGGAAGAACGACAGAGGCAAUUAAAAAGUGGGGUGCAACUCCAGGAACAGAAGAACAAAGAGAUGGAGCAGCUAAGGAUCAGCCUUGCUGAAGAGCUUGCAACUUAUAAGGCUAAACUACCCAAGAGCCCGGAACAGGCUAAAGAUCCCACUCCUCAGGCAGGUGGAAUUGAGACACCAUCUCAAGGUGAUCUUUGUGGGUAA